CACUCCAAGCCGUCCCCGGAGCGCUCAGGAGGUAACUGGACAGACCAGAGCAGUGGAGCCAGAGCCCAGCGGAGCCCACUGAAGAUUAGCUCUGAGCAGAACAAAGACAGCAGCGGGAUCCGCAGAACAAACCCACGAUCUACCUUUGAAACGUUUAAAGAACCCCGAGGGAGGGGACCCCACACCCACCACCGCCCUCAUCAGUGGGUCCCCGGAAUCAGCAAUUAAUCACUCCCAUUCACACGCGCACACACACACGCGCGCACACACACACUGACACACACACACACACACACACACACACACACACACACACACGCAUACUGACACACAGACACACACACACACACACUGACACACGCACACACACUGACACACGGACACACACACACACUGACGCACACACACACACACACACACAAACGCCCACACAAACACUGACACACAGACACGCACACACAAACGCACACACACACACACUGACACACAGACACGCACACGCACAGACACGCACACACUGACACACAGAAACAGACACACAUGCAAAACGCACACACUCACUAGCACACGUACGUACACACGUACACACACGCAGACCCCCAGCGAGACCCCUGCGGCCGGUGGACCAUGCCCGUGGGCGGAGGGCUCUCCUGGAGGAGCUAGCCGUCCCAGACCACCAGAGGAACCCUAGAGAACCGGCAUGGCCGCCCCCACGGUUCUGCUGCUGCUCUCCGCCCUCUGGCUCCGAGGGGCCGGGUCGGAGAACCCCCCCCCCGGGGGAGGGUCCCCCGUUCCCCCUGGCCCGGGUCCCGACGGGUCCCCUCUGGAGGGGGGAACGUGGGACCGGCCUCUUCUGGAGGCGGGAGGCGGGCCGACCUCCGCGCCGGACGGCCGGGGAGAGCGGAACCCGUCUGGGGGGAUGACUCAGACCGCCGUCGUCAUGGAGACGGGGAGACUCCCGCCUCGGCAGCCCCCCCCUCCCCCCUCCUCCGCGGCGGCGGGGGGCGUGGCGCCGGCCAGAGGAGAGGACCCCGCCCCCUGGCGCCCGGCUGGCCGCCGGCGCCGCAGCUGGCUGUGGAACCAGUUCUUCGUGAUCGAGGAGUACCGGGGGCCAGAGCCCGUGCUGAUCGGACGGCUGCACAGCGACAUGGACGCGGGCGACGGCCGCACGCGCUACACCCUGGAGGGCGAGGGCGUGGGCUCUGUGUUCGUCGUCGACGGCAACACAGGCAACAUCCACGUCACCAAGUCGCUGGACCGCGAGGAGAAGGAGCAGUACCGGCUGGUCGCCACGGCGACCGACCGGCGCACGGGCCGCGCCCUGGAGCCGUCCUCUGAGUUCCUGAUCCGCGUGCAGGACAUCAACGACAACGCGCCCGCCUUCGCCCGCGGGAGCUACGUCGCCACGGUGACCGAGAUGGCCGACAUGGGAACCUCCAUCAUCCAGGUGACGGCGCUGGACGCAGACGACCCGUCCUACGGGUAUAGCGCCCGGCUGGUGUACACAGUCACCCACGGCCAGGACGCCUUCUCCGUCGACGCCCAGACAGGGGUCCUGAGGACGGCGGUGGCGGACAUGGACCGCGAGACCCAGGAGGAGUACCUGGUGGUCCUGGAGGCCAAGGACAUGGGGGGCCACCAGGGGGGGCUCUCAGGGACCACCACCGUCACCGUGACGCUGGCCGACGUCAACGACAACCCGCCCCACUUCAGGCGCAGCGCGUGGACCUUCUCGGUCUCCGAGCUGGCGGCGCCGGGCGUGGAGGUGGGCCGUCUGACGGCGUCGGACCCCGACCUGGGGGUCAACGCCCAGCUGGACUUCACCCUGCUGGACACGGACGGCGCCAGAGACACCUUCAACCUCACGGCCCGGGACCGCGAGGCCGUCAUCGUGCUCAACAAGGUGAGGGGGGGGGCGGCCCGGGACCGCGAGGCCGUCAUCGUGCUCAACAAGGUGAGGGGGGGGGCGGCCCGGGACCGCGAGGCCGUCAUCGUGCUCAACAAGGUGGUGCAGGUCCUGAGAGCCAUCGACCGGGACCAGGGUGGAGCCGACAGCCCGGUGCACUUCAGCAUCCCCCCAGAGUUCUCCAUGUUCCUCAUGGUCUCCACCCUGUUCUCCACCCUGUUCUCCACCCUGUUCCUCAUGGUCUCCACCCUGUUCUCCACCCUGUUCCUCAUGUUCUCCACCCUGUUCUCCCCCCUGUUCUCCACCCUGGUCUCCACCAUGUUCUCUAUCAUGUUCUCCACCCUGUUCUCCACCCUGUUCUCCACUAUGUUCUCCACCCUGUUCUCCACCCUGUUCUCCACCCUGUUCCUCAUGUUCUCCACCCUGUUCUCUACCCUGUUCCUCAUGUUCUCCACCCUGUUCUCCACCCUGUUCCUCAUGUUCUCCACCAUGUUCUCCAUCAUGUUCUCCACCAUGUUCUCUAUCAUGUUCUCCACCUUGUUCCUCAUGUUCUCCACCCUGUUCCUCAUGUUCUCCACCCUGUUCUCCACCCCGUUCCUCAUGUUCUCCACUCUGUUCUCCACCCUGUUCUCCACCCUGUUCUCCACCCUCUUCUCUUUAUGGUCCCUGGUGGUGGGCUCGGGGCUGGCCCCCCUCCCGGGCUCCGGCCCCCCCGGGGCCCCCCUGCUCCUCAGCCUGUACGUGCCGGUGGUGCUGCGGGACCUGGGCUCGGGGCUGGCCAGCACGGGCACGGUGACGGUGACGGUGUGCCCCUGCCUGCUGGGCGGCAUGCGCACCGAGGAGCGGGCGGGGCGGGGGGCGCGGCGGGGGGAGGGGCCCGCCGUCUGCAUGGCCCCCGCCCUCGCCCUCCACCUCGCUCAUCUUCAGCAUGUGGUGUGUGCUCUCUCCAUGUCUCUGCGCCAGAAGCCGGACUCCCUCUGCCCGCAGGCCGGAGAUGAGGACCUGAGGGAGAACAUCAUCUCCUACGACGACGAGGGGGGGGGCGAGGCCGACACGGCCGCCUUCGACAUGGCCGCCCUGCAGAGCACGCAGCGCGCACAGCACAUGCACACCGCGCACAACCACACUCACAACAACGCACACCACAACCCCAACAUCUGGAGCCGCGCCCCCCGCCCGGCCGCGGCCCCGCCCCCUCGACCACGCCCGGGCUCCGCCCCCAUGUACGGCCGCCGCUACGCCGCGCACACGCUGCCCUCGCCCCGGGACCCCCCCCUGCACCUCCCCCAGCUCGCCCACCUCGGAACGAUGAGUCCCCAGCCUGCUGUGACCUCAGCGCCCCCCCCCUCCUCCGAACUCCUCCUCACCACCUCCUGCUACCCCUUCACCUCCGCCCUCACCUCCACCUCCUCCCUCACCUCCACCUCCUCCUCCUACCCCCUCACCUCCACCUCCUCCUCCUACCCCUUCACCUCCACCUCCUCCUCCUACCCCCUCACCUCCGCCCUCACCUCCACCUCCUCCUUCUCCUACCCCUUCCCCUCCCCCCUCACCUCCACCUCAGCCCACCCCCUCAAUAUCACCUCCCCCUACCCCCUCAGCUCCUCCUACCCCCUCAACACCUCCUCCCCCCUCCACACCUCCUCCCCUCUCCCCACCUCCUCCUCCCCCUACCCCCUCAGCUCCUCCUACCCCCUCAGCUCCUCCUCCCCCUACCCCCUCAGCUCCUCCUACCCCCUCCACAGCUCCUCCCCCUUGCCCACCAACUCCUCCUCCCACCUGCCCCCCCCCUCCUACUCCUCCCAGCACGAGGAGCGAGGGGGGGGGUCGGCCCCCACCAGCCCCACCGCGUCCGGCUCCACGCUCGAUGACACAGACUCCUCCCUCCCCUCCUUGUCGGGGCCUCCAUGUCACCGUGGCAACGAGGUGACCCCUCCCCCCGACUCCUACAGCAUCGUGGGGUCACUGAGCCGCCGCGGGGCCCGGGGGCGGGGCCCGGGGGCCAGCGUGGGGAGCGUCCUGUACCCGGGGGCCCUCCCCGACGCCUACGCCCCAGGGGGGAGGGAGGAGCCGCCUCCCCCCUCGGCGGGGGAGACGGGGGAGACGGGGGAGGCGGCGGCCUCGCUCCCCAUGCGCAUGGAGGACUUCCUGAACUUCCGGCUGAAGCGCGUGACCUUCGACCUCACGCAGCCGCCCUACGACUCGCUGCAGACCUACGAGUUCGAGGGUCGGGGGUCGCGGGCGGGGUCGCUGAGCUCGCUGGAGAGCGAGGAGGCGGGGGAGGAGGAGCGGGGGGGAGGGGCGGGGGGCGGCGGCAUGGCAGCGCUCAACCAGAAGUUCAGACGGCUGGUGGAGAUCAUCAGGGAGAGGGAGAGGGAGAUGGAGGGGGGCCAGGAGGAGACGGAGGAGGAGGAGACGGAGGAGGCGGUUGUCACGGAGACGGACCAACAGGAGACAGGGACGGAGCUACAAGAGGAGGAGGAGGAGGAGCUCGGGAAGAGAUGGGACUUCUAGGAGCACCUUGGGAGAAGCACUCCAGCAAUCCAGACUUUGUUCUAGACGCCAGAGAGAGGAGGAGGCGUGGUGAGGGGCGUUCUGCUCCUCCCCCCACAAACAGACCCACCCCUCCACAGACAGACCCGCCCCCCCAAGGACAGUCCCGCCCCCCCAAAGACAGUCCCGCCCCCCCAAAGACAGUCCCGCCCCCCCAAAGACAGUCCCGCCCCCCCAAAGACAGCCCCUCCGUGUUGCUGAAAGCUGUCACUUCUCCCCUCCUCACUAAUAUUAAUAAUGCAAUCGGCUUUAAAGCCCGGCCCAUGAAAGAUUCACCGCCUGAAAUAUUGAUUUCAGCCCUGAGAGCUGCAUUGUAAGAAAAUAGGCCCAAUUAAAUAUUGAAACGGUUUGUGGAAUUUAAUAUUGAUGCUUUAAUAGUGGGGCCACUCUUAGGAACUUCCCUCAAAUCCUCCUCGGAGUUCGGCUCUGAACGGGUCAUGUGACGGGAGUUCUAAUUAUCUGCAUGUGCACAACACACUCCGACACAGCCCCACACACACGCGGCAGCUUCAGAUGUUGUUGUCUAGCUGUGAAGCAUCGCGAUAUGUUUUCGUAUGUUGUUGUGGAUUCAGUUUUUCACCCCCAAAAGCACAACCCCCCCCCCCCCCCUCCCACACACACACCAAUAGCCACAAUGACGUCACUAUGCAAGUCGAACAAACAGCGAGAGACCAUGAACUCUGACCUCUGAUGGCGACCAGAGUUGGCCUAACGUUCCAGAAUGCGACUCAUCUGCGGUGGAAAAGUAGUGGCGGGAGGCUCUGCCCACUAAUGACCAGGGCCCCGCCCACCUCCAUUCAUUUCACUGCCGGUCGAUAAUUACUGUCCUUGUUUUUAAAUCACGUUCUUUACUAACAAUAAAUCACCAAUGGCUGUGAGAAGUA